UCAUAUUCGGGCCGAAUUCAGCUGUUACAAUACAUAACUGAUUUACUACUCGUUUCCUUUUCUGUACAUGCAAACGAGUUUGCUCUUGUUUGUGUCGCUUCGAAACACCAACUUCGUCGCGUUCUUCCUUCGUCCCGAAGCACCUUGCCGUCCUCCACUUCGUAAUCUCUCAAAGAUGCCACCGAAGUGUGAGCCACUGUGCCGUUUCGGCGAUAGACUCUAUUUCACUACAUUUCCGCACCCGACGCCGAACCCCAUGGUCCUUAACCGCCUCGCCGCUGAACCCGACAAUCGCCCGCGCGUUCGCACGCGUCCACGAGAUCCAGAGGUCGCGGCGGCAGACGAGACCGCGUCGUACUACUACUUCACGAUCGACGACCAGCUGCUGUACCUCUCCUUCUUCCAAGACUGGGGCCCCCUCAACAUCGCGAUGGUCUACAAAGCAUGCAUUCUGAUACACGAACUCCUCGAGGACAAAGACCUCGGGCCCCAUCGGCUGGUGCUGUAUUCCUCCGACGAUCCGAGACGCAAGGCGAAUGCUGCGUUGUUGCUCGCGCUGUUUGUCGUCCAUGAUCGUGCACCGGCGUGCCCCUUGGGAAGCCUUUCACCCGAUCGCAGAGAUGGAGUUUAUGCCAUUUCGGGACGCGGGGCGUGGGCCGUCCGACUUCAAUCUAAACAUCCAGGAUUGUCUAUGGGUGUCGAGGAAUACGAGUUCUACGAGAAGGUGGAGAACGGAGACUGGAACUGGCUGACGCCAAAUUUUAUUGCGUUCGCAUCACCUGUGGACUCGGCUUGGAUAAAGAAGGAGAAGGAAGCGAAGGAGAAGGCGCCGGGCACGUCGUCCUCCGCUCUGCAGCGAAAGCUGCCCACGCCAUUCCUCAAUUGUUUGGACUACUUUGAGAAACGAAACAUCAAGCUCGUCGUGCGCCUGAACACGGAGCUGUACGACCGGAACACAUUCCUGGACCGCGGAAUCGAGCACAUGGAGUUGUACUUUGACGAUGGUACGAAUCCGACAGACGAGAUUGUGCGGACAUUUCUGGAUGUGUCCGACCGGAUCAUCGAGGCUGGUGGCGCAGUGGCAGUCCACUGUAAAGCAGGACUUGGCCGAACAGGUACGCUCAUAGGCGCGUAUUUGAUUUGGAAAUACGGCUUCACGGCGAAUGAGGCGAUCGCUUUCAUGCGCAUCGUCCGACCUGGAAGUGUGGUUGGCCCCCAGCAGCAAUACAUGUAUCUCAAGCAGCUGGAGUGGUCGAAGUGGGCGGCCGUGGAUGAGGUCAAGAGACAGCAGGCUGCCGCGAUCCUGGCCUCGGCGACUGUGGUCACACCUGCAACACCGCCUGCGGAGGAGGAUCUACCUGCCGUUCCGAUGUCGACCACUCCGCCUCCCUCUCCUACGAAAGGCGUUGCAGUGCCCGUCACACCCAGUCGGCACAUCGCAGCAGCCCAGGCACAGGCCAAAGCUAUUGCAACGCCAGGUCAGCCACGGAAGACACCGACCACUAAACGUACAUUGGAGUUUGACUCGGAGGAUGAGCUCGGGCGCGAUAAUGAUGAAGAUAGUGAUACGCUGCCGGCGUUGCCAAUUGCUGGGGCACGGAGCAAAGCAGCGGGAAAACCAAAGGCACCCACUUCGUCUGAUUCUCGAACGCACCGCGUCACUCGAUCGACUACGGUUGCUGCUGCAGUGGGCAGAAGGCCUCCAGUAAAUUCAUCGCAGAGCACGGGGACUAGUGGGGCGUCCGCCAAGGCUUCAACGAGCAAGGCGUCAACGAGCAAGGCACCGGCGACGACUUCGAAAGGAUCGCAGGGCCCGAAUAAGAUCCCGCGAUUAGCUACCACUCGCACGACAGCGGCCGCCAAGGCUGCCGUUGCUGCGAUUCGACGACCGAACCCGCCGCCCUCGCCGACGCCUUCGCGGUUGCCGACACUGGCGACGACGAGAAGGCAGGCAGCGACUGCUGCGUUGACGGAUGUAGCGAGUGCGACUCUGAAGCGCGCCCCUAAGGAGCAGUCGGACGCGUGGAUGAAGACGAAUGUGGAUGCGGUCGUGGUGCCGGCGACCAAGUCUGAGCGGCCAGGGUUGCGACCCGUGCGGAGGAGGCGAAGCAGUUUUAGUUCUGCGGAUGUGGUGGCUUGAUUUAUGAUGUUAUCUCAUUCUCAUGGAAUAUCUACACUCAUCACCUAGCAUUCACAUCUGUAUCAGCUCAUUUAGAGUCUUGUCUAGUCUUG